ACGGUUGUCUCACUGCAUGUGUGUUUGUGUUGUUUGUAGUGGAGGAGGGUCAUGAAGGGUUAACCCAGUUCCUGAUGAAUGAAGUCAUCAAGCUACAGCAGCAGGCCAAAGCUAAAGAUGUCCAGAGAGUUGACCUCAUUGGGAAACAGCGCACCCUGGAGGAUGAACAGAAAAAACUACGCCUGACCAACCAGGAACUAUCAGCCUUCCAGCAGAGAUAUAACAAGAUGAAGGAAGAUAGGAACAACUACAAUGAUGAGCUACUGAGGGUGAAGGAUGAGAACUAUAAACUGGCCAUGCGGUAUGCAACGCUCAGCGAGGAGAAGAACAUGGCUGUGAUGAGGAGCAGGGACCUGCAGCUGGAGAUCGACCAGCUGAAACACAGACUAAACAAGCUAGAGGAGGAAUGUAAGAUGGAGAGAAAACAGAGUCUGAAACUGAAGAACGACAUCGAGAACCGACCGAGAAAAGAACAGAUCUUCGAACUGGAGAGAGAGAACGAGGUUCUGAAGAUCAAACUGCAGGAGCUGCAAUCUAUCAUACAGCCAGGGCCUCUGCCUGCGUCUGACAAGGCGAUCCUGGACAUUCUGGAACACGACCGCCAGGAGGCGUUAGAAGACAGACAAGACCUGGUCAACAGACUGUACAACCUGCAUGAGGAGAUACGGCAGGCGGAGGAGCUACGAGACAAGUACCUUGAGGAGAAAGAGGAUCUGGAGCUCAGGAGCUCUACACUACAGAAGGACUGUGAGAUGUACAGAAACAGGAUGAACACCAUCAUUAUACAGCUGGAGGAGGUGGAGAAGGAGAGAGACCAGGCGUUCCGAGCCAGAGAUGAAGCCCAGCACCAAUUCUCUCAGGCUCUGGUUGAUAAAGACAAGUACAGGAAACAGAUCAGAGAGUUGGAGGAGAGGAGUGAUGAGCUGCACAUAGUGAUUGUUCAUAAAGAUGCUAAGAUCGUCACUUUAGAGUCCAGACUGAGACGCCUGUCGAAAGAUACUGCUAUGGACCAGAGUUUGCCCAGAGACAUCCCCCCAACUGUCAUCGCUCAGGUGAUGGGGGAGGAGCCUAAAUCUCUUGGCCAAUCAGAGGACUCCAGUGACGAGUCGCCAGAGGAGAAGUUCUUCCUUCCAGAACCCCGCCUCAAGAGACGACCCAACCUGAAAGCAGUGAUUACCAGAGUGAAGUCUCCAGUCUCCACCCCCAAAACUCUGGACCCGCCAAUCAACACAGAGGACAUUCUCCGUGCAGCUGGUGGUGGAGCGUCUCCAGAUGUGAUGAUGUCAGAGAGUAACCUAACCCUGACCCUGAGCAGCACAUGUCCCCCCUCCCCUUCCCACUCCCCCUUCCCCAUCCGCCCCAACACAGAGCUGCCCAGCAAGACUACCAUGCUGCGCUACCGUAACGACAGCAUCAUGUCCACCAACCCCGAGCCGCCAGGAAACGCAUCACUGGUCCGUCGGACGCGAGAGGGAGAGACUGACUUCCAGCCCCGCGGCCUCUGUGACUUUGAAUAUGAGAGUGUAGACAACAUGGAUUAUGAUGAGGAAAUGGAAACACGUGGUCCUCCCUCGCUCCACUCCUCCUCCUCCUCCCAUCAGUCAGAAUGUUUAGAUUCCUACGACCUGGAGACCGUCAACAACAUUUUCAGGAAACUGUCCCUGGAGAGGUACACCCCCCCCCUCACACCCACCAACCAC